AUGGGGGUUGGUGAUUUUUUCAUCCCUCAUGGAGGUAGCACUACCGACUCAUUCUCUCCUUCUCAACCAACCAUAGCCAAGUUGAGUGCCCAGAUGGCCCAGCUCCUACAGAUGCAGACUUUGGCCCCAAAUCUAAUCCUGAAUCAGGAUCCUCUUUUGACGACCCCGACCUUGACCCCGACUAUGAUGACGACGACGACCUCGACUCCGACUCCGACUCCGACUCCGACUCCGACUCCGACAACGACCUCGACCCCCACUCCGAUGAUGACUCCGACCCCGACCCCGAAUUUGUCUUUGAUUCAAACCCCGAUCCCGACUUCGACUCCGACUCCGACUUCGACUCCGACUCAAGCUCAGAUCCCGAUCUGA